CUAUGUACAUAUGUACAUCUAAGGUACUUGGGCAGACGCAUUGCGAAUUAUACACGAGUCGAAUCUGCAUAUCCAUGUGUAUACGGGCACGAUCCAGAAUUGUGCAAUCAACCAACUGGAGUUGAUUUAUUAUUGUCUCUUCCCGUCCUGGUUAUCUCAUUACCAUCAUCGCCACUCCAAUUAGCGACGACGCGCAUCCCCGGAACAGCUGACCUCGUGGAAGCAACCUGACCUCACCUUUUGCCUGGCACCACUCUCCUCGCCGCGAUUCCAACCUUCUCCUCCGUCUGCAGCCAUUCUUGCUCGUUGUUUAUACAAUCUGCCUUGCCCGUCUGCAUCUCAUUCAUCAUCGUCCCCUGCAACCGCGCUUGUCGCGUCAACAACCACCUGCCUGCCACGCACCCGACCGAGCACGCACCCACGCACGCCGCCUUGCGCGAGACACGUCUUCCUCCAAUUGCCAUCACCACCACCCGACCCUCCCUCCACCACUCUGCUAUUCACACACACAUAUCCUUGGUCCGCCUGCCACUCAAUUAACCCUCGCUCUCUCUUUGCAGACCUAGACCCUAUCGCUGCUGUUCCAUGAUACACGGCGGGGCUGCCUCCUACCCCGCUACCAUGUUAAACAUGGACCCUACCCAUGCAGCCUCUCUGCCUCCGCUGUACAAGCCAGACCUACCCGCCUCCCAGGAAUCCCGCCUUUCGGCCGUCUCCAGCACCUUCUCUCCACCCCAAUUGCCAUCUUCCUCGAGCAACCUCUCCACUUCCACCACCAACGACACCGAAUUGACCACCCCGCCCCUGUCCCAGAUCCCCGUGCUCCAGGAACUGUCUGCGCAAAACCCUGCCUCUGCACCACUCCUAUCACCGAACCGAGCUCGUGCUCAAGACCGAGAUGCAUCACUCCGCAUCGAUGCUGCCAACGCCCUGCGAACCGGUGACACAGCAGCGAGCCCCAUGUCACUUUGCUCGCCUGUCACCCACGGCUUCAAGAGAUCCGCCGACGGCUCUGUGAAAGGUGCUAAUUUCGAGUCUUCAACAGCAUUAGCAGGAACCCCGGUCGCGCACCCCAUCGCGCACAAGAGGAGCAAGAGCAUGGAUACUUCGCGGAUCGGAGAGAUAUCCGCACAGCUCAAGACACGACUAUCUUACGCCAUGGUCAAGGUGCAGAAUGGCUGGGAGAAGCAGUCCUUGGAGGAACUCGAGGAACAAACGUCCCAGCAGGGCUCGCCCAUCUCCAACGUCAGCAGAAACAACGGCUCGCGCCCGACGUUCGAUUCCCCUCUAGGUACUGAACGCCCAAGACGUCCAAGCGGUGUCUCAGACAUGUCGGAUCACAUCAUCAUGUCUCCUAACCACAGCAAUUCGGACCCUUCGCGAUCUCUCGCAACCUCCCCUCCUACACACUGGCGACCAAGCACCAACCCCACCAUGAACGCAGCCGUCAACCUCAUAAGUGUAACUGGCUCAAACGAAACCCCAAUGCUCGGUCCCGCCCCAGACCUUAGUUCCCGUAGAAAACGUAGAUCAAGCACCAUCUCACACUACCACCCGCCACCCCUGCUCGGAUCUUCCCAAAGGAAGCACUACAGCGAUCUUUCCGGUACCACCCCUCGAACCCCAGUGACUCCGCGCGCAGGAAUCCUCCGUAUGCCCAGCCAGCAAGCCGAAAAGGACGCAGUGGACACCCUGCUCUUCAUGAGCAGUCCUAACCACUCGGGACGCGUGCCACCUUCCCAUUCCGCCUCCGACGGUGCAGCGAGAGCCAUGGCUACGCCUCGACGCGUCAUGUUUGAAGCAUACCCUGCGCCUGGCAAAGCCGCGGAUAUCGCUCCAAUCUACCACGCUCCGCAAGCUCCGCCGCCGAAUUCGCAACACGCUCAUGCUGCUGCAACGGCGUAUUACCACCGCGCGGAACCGUCACGAUGA